UCCGGUCCCCCGGUGCCGGAGCGAAUGACUUACCCCUCCGUGGGGCCGGACCGGGGCUCACGACGAUCCCCGGGAGCCCACAAUCGCGCGGCGUCAGCCAGCGAGCACACCAGCACCAGCACCCCACCCGCCCCCGGGACCAUGGCCACUGACUCGUGGGCCCUGGCGGUGGAUGAGCAGGAAGCGGCGGCCGAGUCGUUGAGCAACUUGCAUCUUAAGGAAGAGAAAAUCAAACCAGAUGCCAAUGGUGCUGUUGUCAAGACCAAUACUAAUGCAGAGAAGACAGAUGAAGAAGAGAAAGAGGACAGAGCUGCCCAGUCCUUACUCAACAAGCUGAUCAGAAACAACCUGGUCGACAACAGAAACCAAGUGGAAGUCCUGCAGCGGGACCCAAACUCCCCGCUCUACUCGGUGAAGUCCUUUGAGGAGCUUCGGCUGAAACCACAGCUGCUUCAGGGAGUCUAUGCCAUGGGCUUCAACCGUCCAUCCAAGAUACAAGAGAACGCACUGCCUUUGAUGCUUGCUGAGCCCCCACAGAACUUAAUUGCCCAGUCUCAAUCUGGUACUGGUAAAACAGCUGCCUUUGUGUUGGCCAUGCUCAGCCAUGUAGAAGCUGCAAACAGAUACCCACAGUGUCUGUGCCUCUCCCCGACGUAUGAGCUUGCCCUCCAAACGGGAAAAGUAAUUGAGCAGAUGGGCAAAUUUUACCCUGAACUGAAGCUAGCUUAUGCUGUUCGAGGCAAUAAAUUGGAAAGAGGUCAGAAGAUCAGUGAGCAGAUUGUCAUUGGCACCCCUGGAACUGUUCUGGACUGGUGCGCCAAGCUCAAGUUCAUUGACCCCAAGAAGAUCAAGGUGUUUGUUCUGGAUGAGGCCGAUGUGAUGAUAGCUACUCAGGGCCAUCAAGAUCAGAGCAUCCGCAUCCAAAGGAUGCUGCCCAGGAACUGCCAGAUGCUGCUUUUCUCUGCCACCUUCGAAGACUCUGUGUGGAACUUUGCCCAGAAAGUGGUCCCAGACCCCAACAUUAUCAAACUGAAGCGUGAGGAGGAGACACUGGACACCAUCAAGCAGUACUACGUCCUGUGCAAUAACAGAGAUGAGAAGUUCCAGGCCUUGUGUAACCUCUACGGGGCCAUCACCAUUGCUCAAGCCAUGAUCUUCUGCCAUACCCGCAAAACAGCCAGUUGGCUGGCAGCAGAGCUCUCAAAAGAAGGCCACCAGGUGGCUCUGCUGAGCGGUGAAAUGAUGGUGGAGCAGAGGGCUGCCGUGAUCGAGCGCUUCCGAGAGGGCAAAGAGAAGGUGCUGGUGACCACCAACGUGUGUGCCCGCGGCAUCGACGUUGAGCAGGUGUCUGUUGUCAUCAACUUCGACCUUCCAGUGGACAAGGAUGGGAACCCGGACAACGAGACCUACCUGCACCGCAUCGGGCGCACUGGCCGCUUUGGCAAGAGGGGCCUGGCUGUGAACAUGGUGGACAGCAAGCACAGCAUGAACAUCCUCAACAGAAUCCAGGAGCAUUUCAAUAAGAAAAUAGAAAAGUUGGACACAGACGAUUUGGACGAGAUUGAGAAAAUAGCCAACUGAGAAGCUCCACCGGUCCCCGGUGCCCAUCCUUGGCGCUCCCCCACAUGGCAGACCAGUGCUUUCACAUAGAGGCCUCAACCGUCACCGUGAAGACGAAGGCACAUGUAGAGAGAAACUACCUACCUCAUUUUAAAUUACGUUUGGACUCAACAGAAAUUGUGCAAAUGAUGGGGGAAGGUAGAAACAAUUGUUGACGCAACUUUUGAAGAUUAGGCGUGAAUACACAGAAAUUUACCUUUUGGAAAUUGUCUUUUUUUUUUUGGCCAGUGUUUUCCCCACUGUUACACUAAUCUAGAUCCUGUGGCUAAUCACUUGCUCAGGAGCUAUCUGGCUGCCCCUGCCUGUCCUUGGGCCCUAGUGGAAGUGACAGAAUAGAGGUGAAGAGGGAACACAGGCCCAACUAGGAUAGGUGUGUAAGCCACCCACCGUGUUUGGAGUAAGGUGUGAGGCGGCAGAGACCUAUGAGCUGCUGCCUUGGAUUCUGAGUGGUGUUAGCGCACUCUGUCCUGAUGCCCACAGCAGAAAGGGAUCUGCUAAGCAUGGACCAAAUGCCAACCGGGGAUCUUUAGCACACACAGGUUUGUGUCACAGGACCGUACCCCGUAUAAGCAACCUGUGUGCAGUGCACAUCUGAUUACUGGUGGUUCCCUUGCUUGUGGGUGACAGAGUCCUAUGAAGAAGUCAUUGUGGAGAAUUAGUGCUGGCUCUAGCUUGCCAUAAAACCUGGUCUUGCAGGCACCUGCUCAUCUUUUUUACAUCCCUACCAUCACCUUAACCUCUUUGUAGCCCCAACCAAAUAAAAGGUGAUCUGAGGUUUGGAUCAUCGUGAAAACUAGUUUCAAGUCACAAAGGGCCAGCUUCAAGGCAGCCUUGGAAGUAAUCUGCAGUAGUCACAAGUGCUUGCUUUGUUUUCAGAUCCCAGAAGGCAAGUUUUGUAAGAGCUGGGGAAUGAGUUCCAAUAUUUGGCAUCUUGACUGUAAAGGGAUACUGACCAUUUGUGGUUAGUGCUUGGAAUACAAACAAGUGCAAGUGAGGGACUAGGUGGACUACCGCCACUCAUCUGUGCAAGGCAGGAGUAACUGCCAAGACCUUUACUCCAUCCUUCCUUACUCGGCAUCUUUGUGCAGAGCAGUUAGAGCAAAUAAUAGCAAUGGACAUUCCUUCAUACCUGGACAAGACUAUUGGUAUCCAUGAGGUGACAGUGCAAAGAUGAGACUGAGGUGCAAAAACAAUAUGCAACCCCAGCCAAAAGGAGUCCUGUUCUUAGACUUUGAUACAGAAUGGCCACUUCCCCUAGGACCAGGCUUGGAAGAGGGGUUUUCUGUGAUGAGAACUACUACAGUCCCAGACCUUCCUUGUGUUUCUGUGUUUUAGGGUUAGAUCUCUCCUAGGAAAGGAAGGGGCCACUACCAGCUUCCGGGCAGUUACCUUAAUCUAACAUUACAGAUACCACAGAGACUGACCAUCCGCCGGUCCUCCACUGGGCACUAGUCUCUAUGCUUUUGGCCAACUCUGACCAACUUUGGGAAUCUUAGAAGAAAUUUAACUGCCCCACUCUCAAAGUCCUAUGGACCUACCCUGAAAUAAAGAGAAACGAAGGCAAUAAUUAAAGGACUAUAAACUCCUCACAAGGCUGCAGGCCAAGCAUACCCACACCUCACAACACAUAAAACCCAUCUACUGAGUAGCCCUAAAGCUGGGCAGGAAAAUGGGAAGGCAGUGCCCCAGUCUUCUCAAUAGUAGGAGGAAAUGGGCAUCUGGCAGAAAUCUAGAUCACCAGUUCUUAAUCUGGGGGAUUGGACCCCACAGAAUUCACUGGGUGGGUUUUGUGGAGUCUGAAGCAUAAGCAGUACUUUGAGUUUAAAUGCAUCUUCCUGGGGAGAAACUCCCAAAGGAGUGUGUGUGCUUUAGAAAGGUAAGACUCACUGUUAUGCAUGGCUCUGGAAUGUGUCCGCAGUGUCGCUGCAGUCCAUGUUCUUUGCCUCCAGUGCUGGCCCCUAGGGCUCAAUGGACCUCAACGGCCUCUGACAUGUCUAGUUCUGAGACGUCGGUGAUGUAAAACGUAUUGAGCGCUCGGUGAACUUCAGGCCCCAGAGUUUCUUCUGCUGUUUUUAGUAAGUUCCUAUAUAUGCAAUGAGAAACUGUGCCCUCGAACACAGAAUUCACUUGGGAAAAGGAGAUUUCAGUCCAAAGAAAGAUUCUGGAUAUGUUUAUUAUCCAUAUACAUAAACAAUGGAUUUUA